CCACAAAUCAAGCACACACGUUUAUUAUUUUACCCCCAAAAAUAAUAAAAGCAGCAACAAUACCUACAACGAACAACCGGUGGAAUUGUCAACAAAUGAGCUCCUAUUUUGUGAACUCAUUCUGCGGUCGCUAUCCCAAUGGCGCGGACUUCCAGUUACAUAAUUAUGGAGACCAUAGUUCGGCAAACGAGCAAUACAGGGACUCAACAGCCAUGCAUUCCAGCAGGUACGGCUAUGGCUACAACGGGAUGGACCUCACUGUUGGACGGGCCGGUACCGGACACUUUGUGGGCAGCGAGCGGACACCGGGCUACUCCCCGAGUCACUCAGCGGCAACAACGUCCUCGGUGGACCCGGUCAGGUACACUCAGUCCGCCAGCAGCACCGGGACCUCGUCUCUCUCGCCUCCACCUGACCCUCUACCGUGCUCUUCGGUCGCCAGCUCGUCUCCAGUCACCGAGUCUCAGUCUCAACACCGAGCCGUGAAAAACUCCAUAACGACCCCGUGCUCAACCCCGUGCUCGAGCUCCAACGGAGGCACGCUGCUGCUGAACCGGGAGUGUGUGUCCAAAUCUUCCCCCCUCGAGGAAGAGAAGCCUGCGGGAAGCGCACCGACAACUCCCCAGAAUGUCACCGACUCAAGCCAGCCGCAGAUAUAUCCGUGGAUGAGAAAACUACAUAUAAGUCAUGAUUUGUCGGGACCAGAGGGGAAAAGGGCAAGGACUGCCUACACCCGAUACCAGACCCUGGAGCUGGAGAAGGAGUUUCACUUCAACCGGUACCUGACCCGCAGGCGGAGGAUCGAGAUAGCUCAUGCCCUCUGCCUCUCAGAGAGACAGAUCAAAAUCUGGUUUCAGAACCGCAGGAUGAAGUGGAAGAAAGACAACAAGCUGAAGAGCAUGAGCAUGGCGGCAGCAGGCGGUGGAGGCUACCGGCCUUGAUAUUCACCCCCCUAUCCAGUCCCUAUAAUGAGCACUAUAAAAAUAAAACAAAGAUUGUGAUAUCAACUUACCCUUCUCCCAUUUCAAAAGCGCCAGAGACUUGUCACGGGCCGUGUACGGGACAGGGGACACCCAAUUUAGCCUACUGUAUGUCCAACUACCGCCCCUUUCAAUUCCUUCAUAUGAUUUUCUUUUUAUUUACACCGUGGUAAUGCUUAUGUGAGUAAAAAAAAUGCAUUCUGUACAGUUCUGUCUAGAUUUAGAAAGGGGGGGAAAAAUCACAUGAAAAUAAAUGUUUGUUUAACUUAUUUCUUGUUCAGACAAAAAAAAGUCAAAGCUUGAAAUGCUACCUUCCGCAAAUAAAUCCAGUAAAAAGUUGUGUGAUGCACUCAAGAACAAUAACAACCGAAUAAAAUAGAGGGUUGAGGUUGAGCUGCCUUUUGUGUUUAGCCUUCGUUUUCUAUGUAUGUAUGUAUGUAUUUAUUUGUUUGAUGUAUUGUACCAACUUGUCAGAUAACUUGCUUCCUAAAGUAGAGCCAGCAAAAGUAAGCCUUGUGUGGUUAUUGUGUGCGUUGUGAACACAUGUAUAGACAGAGGUUCCGACCCAGUCUUGUAUGUACAGUAGCUGUGCCUUGUAUCCUUGUUUUGCAGGAGCUGCUGUUUGCGUUGCUCACCUGGGCGCAGCAUCUUAGUAAAACGUGUUUGUCUUUGUUUUCUAUAUCUAUUUUUAUGUGGAAGGUCCCACAGUGAAUUCCAUUGCCUAUAAGUGUAUAGCUCCAUCGUGAUAAGCUUUUUGUAAAUGUUUUUAAAUGACUGGAAGUCGAGAAUAUACUAUAAUGAUGAUGAUGAUGAUGAUGACGAUGAUGAUGAUGGCCAUUAUAAUAAACUUUCUACUGGAACGGCAA